AUUUGUUUUUGUUUCGUCCUUUUAAUAAAUAACUAAUCAAGCUAUUUAUUAAAAAAAACCCUACAACUACGCUUAUCUUUAUAAAACAAUUGGGACUAUGUAUAAGGUAUCGGUAUUUUUGCAGGAUAACGGAAUAAAUUUGAUAUUACACACGCCUUCUCUUCAUUAUGUUCCUGCUUAGAAGUAUUAAAAAAUCUACAGUAUUAUAAUUUUUACUUACCGUAUAACAUAUCAAUCAAAGUUCUCAUCAAAAUGCCGAAAGUAUAUCAAAGUAGCACCAGAAAAAUGGUGCUAUCGAUUCGUCGCUUUUGUGAACUCGAAAAAGCCAAGAAUGGUCCCGUAAUACCUCUCAAACAAGUCACUCGGCGGGUCGCUACUAUGACAGGUGUGUCAGAGGAAACAGUAAAGGAGAUUAUAAAAGAAAAAGUUGAAGGGGGUGCUUCUACCUCUCAAAAUAAAAAGUUAAAAACACAAAAGAAAAAGACAAAACAGGCAAAGGAUGCAAGCAUGGUUCUAAAUGUUGGAGGUGUUGCUUAUACAUCUGAAAGUAAUCCACCACCAAAGAAGAAAACAAAACAGGCAAACCAAAUAGAACUGAACGCUGAUGGAACUCCCAUUACAAAAAAUAAACGAACACAAAAGAAAAAGAUAAAACAAGAGAAGGAUGUACCACUUAAUGUGUUUCAAGUGGCUUCCACAAGAAGUACAAUAUAUGAAAUGUACACGGUCAGAAAAGAAGUAAUACUAAAUGCGAUAAGAAAUGAGAUUAAAUUCCAGGGUGGUCAUAAAGAUCUGUACAAAAUAAUUAAACAAAUAGGAUUUAGAUUUCAGGAAUGCGGUGAUAAUAGAAAAAUUUUAAUGGAGAAUCCUGACGUUAUAAUAUCAAGAAAAAAAUAUUUAAACUUUUUAAAGGAGAAAAGAAAAGAUAACAUUCCAAUUAUAUACAUCGGGGAGACGAGUGUUCAUGCUUCCUUCACCAGUGAGGGAUGGCAAAUUGAGGACUUUGAAAAUAACACACCCAAUACAACAUUCUGUACGUGGAUUGUAGUUCAUGCCGGGGGCGAGAUGGGCUUUGUACCAAAUGCAUGCUCAAUUUUUCAAUGUCAGAAGUUAGUAAAUCAUAAAAAUUAUAUGUGCAGCGAAAACUUUAUGGACUGGCUUCAAAGGAAAUUGAUACCUUUUCUGCCUCCAAAUACUUUAGUAGUGAUGGAUAAUGCACCCUAUCGGUCGGAAAAGAUCAACAAACAACCUUCGGCAAAAUCUACUAAAGCUAAAAUGCAAAACUGGCUCACAAGGAGGGGGAUACUGUAUGACCCAAAUAUGUUGAGAGCUGAGUUAUAUGAACUUGUUAGGAGAAGUCAAGAAGAACCUGUAUAUAGAGUUGAUAAACUUCUAGAGGCCUACGGACACAGUGUGGCUAGAUUGCCACCAAACCACGGAGAAUUUAACGCAAUAGAAUAUGUCUGGAAAAUAUUGAAGCAAGGGAUAGCCGGCAGUAAGGUGGGGCAGAACGUCAGUAAUAUAGCUACAUUAUUAAAGCACACUUUGAAUGCCAUUGCUGUAUCUGACUGGUAUGAUAUUUGCCAAAAAGUAAGUCAGCUCGAAAAAAAAUAUCUUGAUACAGACGGAGUGUUAGAUGAAGAAAUUGAUAAUUUUUUGAAAGAGCAAGAUGAUAGUUCUUCCGAUUCAGACUCUAGCAGCAGCUCGGAAUCUUCUGUGCUCGUGCUAGAUGACGAUUACAAAUCAAUACCUGAUGUCCCGAACAUUCUUAGUGUAGAACUUUAUUAUUAGAUAUUAAGGUUGUAUAUUCAUUGUAACUAGAUAUAUUAUUGUUAUUAUUUUAAUGUUUUAAGUGGAGUUCAGAGUUAUUUUACUUUUAAGUUUAUUUGGAAGAUAUCCAUGUUGUUGAAAUGAACAAGAUUCUGUUAGAAGUAAAAUAAUUCUUAAUUUACUUUAAAUUGUACUAUCAGAGAAGUCGAUUCCUAGGCAGA